UCAUAUUAUCAUCCACCUAUUUCAAUCUUCAAAAAAGCAGAUAACAAGACACAAGGAGAAGAGGAGAGAGAAAAACAGCAAUGGCAGCUUCAGGAAUGUUGAUAAGCAACCCAAGCAAUGUGUGCUUCCGCAAACCCCAAUUCUCAUGCUCAUUGAAACCCAAAGCAACAGUUUCAGAGCUAGGGUUUCUCACUUCCCAACUCAGUGGCAUUCAAAUUUCGCCUUCUCCACUCUUCCCCAUCAUUAGCAAACCCAUUUCCGCGCCUCUCAAACCUUCGCUUCAGCCUGUUGCUCGCAGAAUAUGUCCGUUCACUGGGAAGAAGUCGAACAAGGCUAACAGGGUUUCCCACUCAAACCACAAAACAAAAAGAUUGCAGUUUGUGAACCUGCAAUACAAGAGAGUGUGGUGGGAAGCUGGUAAAAGGUUUGUGAAACUCAGGUUAUCAACCAAGGCUUUGAAGACCAUAGAGAAGAACGGGUUGGAUGCUGUUGCGAAGAAGGCAGGGAUAGACCUUAGAAAGGAAUAAUAGGAUGGACGUGUUUGUAAAGCACGAACAAGGCCGAAUUUUCUUGUUUUGUUAUCCUACCUUGUUAGUGAUUGUCUUAUAUUGUAAUCAACAUUUUCCCUAAGCUAGGUUUUUUUUAUAAUCUGUAGCAUGUUGAGCAAAUUAAUGAAAAAGAAAAUUCAGGA